UUGGACUCCUCCCUUUGGAGAUCUUUAUUAAUUAAAAAUAAACAAAAAAAUAAUCUUCCUGCAGUUUCCAAGUGAAUGCGUGUAAGCAAGUGUUCGAAUUCGAAUUCGAGCGAGCUGAAUCAAAUCUGGUUUGAAUCGAUUGAAGGCCCAAUCCAGAAACGAAGAAGUAGAUCAUUUUUGAAUUUGGAGUUAUUGAGCUCUCCAUUAAUUAAGAAGCGUGGGGGAAUCUGCUUCAGGUUUCAUUAGAGAUGGCGACGGAGUCUACAAGGAGCUGGUUCCAGAUACGGCAGCAGAGACCAAGCCCGGCCAAAAAGGGACAAGAGGGAAAUGUGAAGAAUAGUGGCAGGCCCCCUAUGAAUGAUGCACCUUCAAACGCUACAAAACAGAAAGUUGCUGCGGCAAAGCAGUAUAUUGAGAAUCAUUAUAAAAAUCAGAACAAGAGUCUGCAGGAAAGAAAAGAGCGUCUGAGCAUCUUGGAACAAAACCUAGCGGAGGCUGAUGUUCCUGUUGAAGACAAGAUGGAUAUUCUGAAGAACUUUGAGAAAAAGGAAAUAGAGUACAGGCGUCUGCAAAGACAUAAGAUAGGGGUUGAUGACUUUGACCUUCUCAGCAUCAUUGGCCGGGGUGCUUUCGGAGAGGUGAGGAUUUGUAGAGAGAAAUCUACGGGCAACGUAUAUGCAAUGAAAAAGCUAAAGAAAUCUGAGAUGCUUCGAAGAGGCCAGGUGGAACAUGUCAAAGCUGAAAGAAAUGUGCUUGCAGAAGUCGAUAGUCCUUUCAUCGUCAAGCUUUGCUACUCCUUCCAAGAUGACGAACAUCUGUAUCUUAUUAUGGAAUACCUCCCUGGAGGUGAUAUGAUGACACUGCUGAUGCGAAAGGAUGUCUUAAGGGAAGAUGAGACUCGGUUUUAUGUUGCACAGACAAUCCUUGCUAUUGAGUCCAUCCAUAAGCAUAAUUACGUUCACAGGGAUAUAAAGCCUGAUAAUUUAUUGAUAACUCGUAAUGGCCAUAUCAAGCUCUCGGACUUUGGAUUGAGCAAGUCUUUGGAAAGCAAAAAUUUCCCAGAUUUCAAGGCGGAGCUUGUUGAGAGGAAUACAAGGCCUGCAGCAGAAAUUGAUAGACUCUCCAAGCCUCCUUCUGCACCUAAGCGAACUCAGCAAGAACAGCUUUUACAUUGGCAACAAAACAGAAGGACCCUGGCUUUUUCUACAGUAGGCACUCCCGAUUACAUUGCCCCUGAGGUGCUGCUGAAGAAAGGAUAUGGAAUGGAGUGUGAUUGGUGGUCUCUUGGAGCAAUCAUGUUCGAGAUGCUCGUGGGAUUUCCUCCAUUCUAUUCCGAAGAGCCGUUGGCAACAUGUAGAAAGAUUGUAAACUGGAAAACCUGCUUGAAAUUCCCUGAUGAAGCUAAGCUCUCUGUCGAGGUAAAAGAUCUCAUCCGAAGACUCCUCUGCAAUGUCGAACAGAGGCUCGGAACCAAAGGAGUUCAUGAAAUCAAAGCUCACCCUUGGUUUAAAGGAAUUGAAUGGGAAAGAUUAUACGAGUCAAAUGCCCCAUAUAUACCGAAAGUGAAACAUGAACUUGAUACCCAAAACUUUGAAAAGUUUGAUGAGGUACCAUCUACUUGCCAAACCUCUGCAAAGUCUGGCCCUUGGAGAAAGAUGAUCUCAUCUAAAGAUGUAAAUUUCGUUGGUUAUACAUUCAAGAACCUUGAGAUUGUUGAUGAACACCAUAUCCCUGGCAUGGCGGAACUGAAACGGAAGAGUAAGACACCAAGGAAACCAUCUCUCAAGACACUGUUCGAAACACCGUACCCUCCUCCUGAGAAUCAAGCUUUACAGGAUUUGCUAGAUUCACCUAUUUACUCUGACGGGGGAUCUAUAGGCUCAUCUGGAUCACCAUUUUCACAUCCGAAUCAGUCUCACAAUGUUUCCCGGAGAUGAUCAAAAGGGUGAUAGCAAAAGUAAAAGGAAGUAAUUUUCCUUCAGUUGCACAAGUUUUCAUCUUUUCAUUCAUAUAUACCCAUGUAUUGUAAAAAUAGUAAACACCCAAAAGAGAAUUAAACGAAUAUGCAUAUAGAAAACUUUAUA